AUGCGCGCAUUCAUCUGCAUCGUGGGAUGGUUUGCGCCACUUGCUGUGGCUGCCCCCUACAGCAGCUAUGCACAUGUUGCAGCGCGAGCUGACAACACGUCUUCCACCGUGCCGGGUUACAACACGACAGGGCAGAUCUUUUACACCCUGCCAUGCGGCGACAGGGAUCCCUCUGCUCGCCGGGCGGAAAUCGAGCUCAAGCAGGAAACACUGCUCUAUGGGCCUUCGCUGCUGGGGAACACUGCUCCCUACCCAGAUGGGCCCCUCGGCAAGACCAUCUCCCUGCGCGACCAAAAGCUGUGGGGAGCUGAUGCAGAGCGCCAGGCCCUCCGUGCGUUUACGGAUGCUGCCAGGGUGAAGGAGAACAUCAAACAGAAUGGUGGGCUGAACAGCCUUGACGAUUUCAAGGUCCUCUACCAGGACCAAUGGAGGGGCUCCGUACCUCAAGGCAUCGCUCGCGGGCAAUCAGAAAACUACACUUCGGAUCUUCUCUUCUCCAUGGAACGCCUCUCGGUCAACCCGUACAUCAUCAAGCGGCUUCAUCCAACCAAAGACGCCUUGCCGUUUCGGGUCGACGAAGGCACGGUCGUGGAGCUGACGGGAACCACGCUGGACUCCCUCCAUGCCGACGGACGGCUCUUCGUCGCAGACCACAGCUACCAGCGCAACUUCAGCAAGCUGCCAGGCCGGUACGCGGCGGCCUGCACGGGGCUCUUCUACAUCGACGGGCGCAGCAGCCAGUUCCUGCCGCUGGCCAUCAAGACCAACGUGGGCGCGGACCUGACCUACACGCCGCUGGACACGGAGAACAACAACUGGCUGCUGGCCAAGAUCAUGUUCAACGCCAACGACCUCGCGCACGGGCAGAUCUUCCACAUCGACUACCCGCACGUGAUGGCCGAGAUCGUCCACCUCGCCGCCCUCCGCACCAUGAGCGCCCGCCACCCGGUCCUGGCCCUGAUGGAGAGGUUCAUGUUCCAGGCCUACGCGGUGCGGCCGCUCGGCGAGCUCCUGCUCUUCAACAAGGGGGGUCUGUUCGAGCAGAACUUUGCCUACCCGCGCGAGGAGGUCUACAACUACGCCGAGGCCGCAUGGCCCACCGCGGGGAGGUGGCGAGCGGGCUACCUGGACGCCGAGGUCCGGGCUCGAGGGCUGGUCGAGCCCGAGCACGGGCCGGAGCUGGCGCACUUUCCGUUCUACGAGGACGGCACGCGGCUGGUGGAGGUGAUACGGACGUUUGUGCGCACGUUUGUGGACGCGACGUACCACAGCAGCGACGACAAGGUCGCCGGCGACGUGGAGCUGCAGGCGUGGGUGGCGGAGGCCAAUGGGCCGGCCGGGGUCGAGGACUUUGAGCCCGGCCCGCUCGACUCGCGGCGGAGGCUCGUCGACAUGCUGACGCACAUGGCGUGGCUGACGGGCUGCGCGCACCACGUGCUGAACCAAGGCGAGCCCGUGACGGCCUCGGGCGUGCUGCCCACGCACCCGGCGGCGCUGUACUCGCCCGUCCCGACCUCCAAGAACGAGACCUCGGGCGACCUGCUCCAGUGGCUGCCCAACGCCGACAAGGCCGUCGAGCACGUCACGCUGCUGGCGCGCUUCAACCGCCCGGACGUCGUGCCCGACAACCACACGCUCAGGUACGUCUUUGCCGCGCCGGAGCUGCUGCUGGGGAACGGGGAGCAGUACAAGCGCGCCAACGAGAGGUACGUCGGGAGCAUGGGGAGGAUCAGUGAAGAGAUCAAGGCGAGGAGGUUCGACGAGAGUGGGCUGAGCCAGGGGAUGCCCUUUAUAUGGCGGGCGUUGGAUCCGGGCGCCAUCCCUUUCUAUCUGAGUGUGUGA